AGUCGGUGAGAGGAGGGAAAGUUUCUGAACUCGGUCCGGCAGCAGUCCUCGGUCUCUGCCAGAGAGCACUGCACCCUCUAAACCUUUCCUCGGGGUGCCGGGACUCCAGUGGCCCCUCAGGAAAAGAUGCCCCUAGGCUUGACCUUCCCUCGUCGUCUGCCCCGCCUCCCGUUCCUCCACAGGCUGCGUGGCGUGACCAUGACCCGUUUGGUCCAACCGGACCUGCUGGGCCUCUGCCAGGGCCCUCGGAAGCUGCUUCUGGACUGCACGUCUCUGAUGGACCAUCGCUCUGUCUCAGGUGUUUGUGGAUGCUGUGGGGCCUUGAGACCUCGCUAUAAGAGGCUGGUGGACAACAUCUUCCCAGAAGAUCCAGAGGAUGGUUUAGUAAAGGCUAACAUGGAGAAGCUAACAUUCUACGCUCUUUCGGCUCCGGAGAAGCUGGAUCGGAUUGGAGCCUAUCUCUCUGAGAGGCUGUCCCGUGAUGUGGCGCGAAACAGAUACGGAUAUGUGUGUAUAGCCAUGGAGGCGUUGGACCAGUUGUUGAUGGCGUGCCACUGUCAGAGCAUUAACCUGUUUGUGGAGAGUUUUCUCACCAUGGUCCGCAAGCUGCUGGAGGCCGACAAACCCAACCUGCAGAUACUGGGAACUAACUCAUUUGUGAAGUUCGCCAACAUCGAGGAGGACACUGCAUCCUACCAUCGCAGUUAUGACUUCUUUGUGUCACGCUUUAGCGAGAUGUGUCACUCCAGCUAUGAAGACCCUGAUGUACGCACCAGGAUCAGAAUGGCAGGUAUCCGUGGUCUUCAGGGCGUGGUGAGGAAGACCGUAAACGAUGAGCUGCAGGCCAACAUCUGGGACCCUCAGCACAUGGACCAGAUAGUUCCUUCACUCCUCUUCAACCUUCAGGUCCAUGUGGAAAGUGGGUCCCCGGGCUGUGACGAGGAGAGCCCAGCUGAGCUGACGGAGAGGUGUUUCAGAGAGCUGCUAGGUAGAGCUGCGUACGGCAACAUCAAGAAUGCUGUCAAACCCGUACUCAUGCACCUGGACAACCACUCUCUGUGGGAGGGGAAGAGCUUUGCCGUGCGCUGCUUCAGGAUCAUCAUGUAUUCCAUCCAGUCGCAGCAUUCUCACCUGGUAAUUCAACAGUUGCUAGGUCACCUGGAUGCUAACAGUAAGAGUUCUGCCACAGUGCGUUCUGGGAUAGUGGAGGUCUUGUCCGAUUCUGCCGUCAUUGAGGCCAGUGGCUCUGUGGGACCCACGGUUCUGGAGGUGUUCAACACCUUGUUGAAACAGCUGAGGCUGAGUGUUGACUAUGAGCUCACUGGGAGCUGCGACCCGUAUGACAGCAACAAGACCACAACGGAUCAAGAGAAGCAGUUACAGGAGGCCGUCAUCAAGACCAUAGGGUCCUUUGCCAACACGUUGCCUAUCUACCAGAGGUCAGAAGUCAUGCUUUUCAUAAUGGGGAAGAUCCCUAUUCCUGGAAUAUACCCUGCCCUGGGUUCACCUAACACUGGGCUUGAAGGCAGUAGGAUGAUCCAGGUGAUGCUGUUGAAGUCUCUUCUGCAGGUGGCGGAGUGUUAUGAGAGCAGUAACAUGUUGACGGCCCUGCCCUCGUCCUUCCUGGAGCCCCUGCUUUCCUGCACCCUGAUGGAGGACCCUGACAUCCGCCUGCUGGUGCUUUCCAUUCUGAUCAGCCUCAUAGACAGACACCAGAAUACACACAAGUUCACCUUACUCAGCAUCUUGUCAGACAUUUCAGUCCUCAAGCUGAAGGUGGAAAAGUGUUCCAGACAAGACAAUCUCUUCAUGAAAAAGCAUGGCCAUCGUCUCUACAGACACAUCUUCCUGGCAUGUUUAGAAGAGAACAGUGGACGGAGCCACUACGAGGCUCUGUUUACCCUAUUGGCUCUCCUUAGCGUGGAGCUGGCUAAUGAGGAAGUGGUAGUGGACCUGAUACGCCUGGCUCUAGCACUGCAGGACCUGGCCCUGGCCAAUGACGAGAGACUGUCUCUGUAUAACCGCUGCGCCGUCCACGCCCUGUGUGCUGCCUACCUCAGCCUGAUCUCCCAGCUGACCACCGUGCCUGCCUUCUGCCAGCACAUUCACGAGGUCAUAGAGCUGAGACAGAAGGAGGUUCCCAACCUUCUGCCUGAAGACGUCUUUUCUGACCCCCCCAGAAUUCCAGCUUCUCUUGAAGGAGUGGAGGGAGCGGUGCUGUUUCAGCAGUGUAAGAUCACUGAAGUGCUGGGAGGGAGUGGCUACAACAUUGAAAGACUGAACACUCCAUUCACCCCUCAGAUUACAGAUGAGGACCGCCUGUCGAGGAGGAAGAGUAUAGUAGACACCAUCUCUAUGCAGAUAGACAUGGACCCCCGAUACAGCCCUGACACACUACAGAAGUCUCCAGCAGAGGAGAUCACCUUUGAGACCCUAAAAAACGCCAUGGUGGACAACGCAAAUGAUGAAGAGCAGGAGAAGGAGAAGAGGAGGCUGCUGGUAGAGAGGUUUCAGACCGCUCCGUUCGAAGACCUUGCCGCCCACUGUGGAGCCAAGUCCUCCCUGCUACAGAGUAAGCUGGACCAGAUCUUUGAGCUGACGAUCAGGCCGCCUCCCAGUCCUUCUGGCUCCGCCUCCCAGGGCCAGACCCCUUCUCGCUCGGUUCCUGUUUACGAGAUGAAGUUCCCUGACCUCUGUGUCUACUAGCCUCACACACAUACACACACACACACACAGAAACACACACACAUAGACACAGGCUGCUGGAUCUCCUCAACUGAAAUACAGAGUGAAUAACCAAACUGUCUUCACAAGUAUAUCCAUGUUAUGUGUUUAUAUGAAGCAAUAACUUUACAUAGCAAUAAUGUGACUGAUUAUAGUAGACGAAAAGCCUGUUUGUGUGUGUUACUAAGUGACUGCGUGACUAAUGUUAAACUUAGUGGGUUUUUCACAUGGAUACAUCCAUGUUUCAGGAAGUGAAUCAGGCUAAACGAAAAAUAUCAUGCCAAUACAGUUAGCCAGCUAACUUUGCACACUAACAAUAUCCUGUCAAUGUAGUUAGCCAGCUAACUUUGGUCACUAACAAUAUAGUGUCAGUACAGUUAACCAGCUAACUUUGGUCACUAACAAUAUCCUGUCAGUGUGGUUAGCCAGCUAACCUUGGUCACUAACAAUAUCAUGUCAAUACAGUUAGCCAGCUAACUUUGGUCACUAACAAUAUAGUGUCAACACAGUUAGCCAGCCAACUUUUGUUGCGCUUCACUGUUUGAUUUACAUUUCCAACCAGUUUAAAAUAAGGUACCUUGAGUUUCUGGUACAGUACAGUAUGUUGUCAAUAUACACCACUAAGGCUGUAUCUAGUCACCUACGCAUUGCUUUUCUCUCAUUUUUACAAAACAACUGUAUUUCAAAAUGUAUCUGGUAAACCUUUUGAUUCUGCUUUGUGAUAUUACACUGCUUGGGUCAUCACAAUUAUCAAUGUAAGUCACAGCAAGAGUGUCUGAAUUUACUCCAUUCUACUCUGCUCUUUCCUACUCUAUUCUGCUGAACUCUGCUCCAUUCUGCUGUAGUCUGCCCUAUUCUACAAAAUGUGGCUCCUUUCUUGUCUGCUGUAUUCUACUGUGGUGCUCUACUUCACUUCACUCUACUCCUCUUGCUGUGCAAGGGACAUCUGUGGCACCAUUGAUAUUCUGAAAGUCAAAAUUCAAUCAAAAUCUAAAUGCAGAACCCCCCCCCCCCCAAUGUGGUGUGUCAACCCCAUUUGUGUCUUGUGGUUUUGCUACAGAUUCUUGGAUGUUUUGUUCUCUAUGUUUGUAUGCAUUUAUGUAUGUAUGUCUGUGUGUGUGAGUCUCAUUCAAUUGAACUAUUUUAGUUGUUUUUUUUACGAAAGCAAUAUAGGCACAAUUGUGAACGACAAAUCAUUAAAAAAUAUGAUAUUUUCCCUAUGUGAUGAUUAUCUGUGAUGGUGUGUGAUUCAAAGUUGUUCUUGGUUUUAUGAAUCCACCGUAUACUGUCUGUGUGUACUGUCUGUGUGUACUGUCUGUGUGUGGGUGUUUGUGUGUUUUUGUUGGCCAUGUGUAUUGACCAUCUGUUUGGACUGUGUAACUGUCUAGUUGUCUUAUUCCCGAGUGCUAUAUCAGAUAGACUACAUAUAUUAUACAAAUAUAAAAUAUUACAUUAUAUAAAAUC